GUGGCGGGGGCGGAGGGGGAGACUGCGCAUCGAUUAUUCGUCGGCGAGCGCGCGACGCAACAGCACGCGCGCACUCACGCUCGCGUUUACCGCCCGAAACGAUCGCGACGCCGGGAAAUGUUAAAUAAUUACACGAAACUAGAUAUUAGCCGGAUCGGAGGCUCGUGUACGUGUUACGGCUGUGUGUAGUGCAUGAGGUGAGGGUGCGGGUGAUGAGACGCUAGGGCGGCCGGCGACGACAUGGGCAACUCCUGCAGCUCGGGGCAGGCUCACAAGGACAAGGAUAAUGUAUCACAACAUUCUGAGGAGUACACCAUAUCUACGGGAGAUCGCGACAGGUCAAACUGCUGCUCGCGCAGGUCUCCGUCGUACCGGGUCACGAAGCCGUCCAUCGACGCUAGUGCCGAUCCCGCGGCGUUGCCUGCACACCAUCUGCUGGAGCCCUCGUCGUCCGUCAAGGAGAAUAGGCCGCAGCUGAAAGGACCUAGGCCUAUUGGGUCUAGUGUUUCGGACUCGAUAUCCCUCUCAUCACCGGUAGCAUGCACGUCCCCGCGGGAAGACCCGCUGGGGCCUCCAAUGCCCAGCAACGUGGCGGCCUUGCCCGAGGAGCACCGGUGCUGCCUGCUGGGCAAAGUGCCCGGGCUACGGGUCAGGAGGCGCCGGGCUAUGCUCAUAUACGUCUGCGCUGCGGAUUCACAAGACUGCUGCGCAGAAAAAGGCGCGUUACAAUGCGGUGCGGCAGCUCGUCUCCGCGUGCGCGCGCGGAGACGCGGCUGGCGCGUGCACGUGGCAGAUCUACACUGGCGCUCCCCGCUAGAGCAGCAGAGGGACCAUCGCUUCCCCGUGCUCUGUAUUGCUGAGCUGGCUCGUCAAUCAGAGCUAGGGGCAGUGGUCCCGGUGCUGUUCCUGAACUCAGGACUGGGAACACCCCUGCUGCCUCACACGUUGGAGUGCGCAGACUUCAAGGCGGCGCUGGAGACUGCUGAGGAUGAGAGCGAUAAGGCACUGCUAAAUAAAUGGUACACUCUAGACGCGAGCACGACGCCGCCCUGCUACCGGCUGGUCCGGGGGGCGCCGGCGCGCUGGCGCCGCGAGAUGGCCAAGACCCUCAACGUGCUGGUCCGCACCCUGCCGCAAGAGGCCUGCGACGCUUACCUCACUACUGUGGUCGAACAGGAGGUCCAACACACAGUCCUGAUGAGCGUGGAGGCAGCUCGGCGCUGCGUGUGGGUGUGCCGCGCAGGAGGCACGGGCGGGGCUGUGGGCGCCGCCCCCGGGGCCGCGUCGCCGCAGUCCGAGCCGGGAGACAUCGCUGAUACGGCGCACCAUCACGAGCUGCAGAGGAGGCUCAAUAACUUGCAGAAGGAUCUUAAGCAACACCUAAGCGAGCGCAACGUGAUCCGCGCCAGCGUGCGAGGUCGCGGCAUGCCGGGCGGCGAGGACGAGUACACCGAGGGCGUCAGCUCCGCGCUCGGCGACCGCCUCGACGCGCUGCUCGACGCGCUGCUGGCCGACAACCUCGUGCCCGCAGGGUACAACGGCAUACCCACCAGGUAUGUGAUGAUGUGGGGGUCAUGCGAGGACGAGUACACCGAGGGCGUCAGCUCCGCGCUCGGCGACCGCCUCGACGCGCUGCUCGACGCGCUGCUGGCCGACAACCUCGUGCCCGCAGGGUACAACGGCAUACCCACCAGGUAUGUGAUGAUGUGGGGGUCAUGCGAGGACGAGUACACCGAGGGCGUCAGCUCCGCGCUCGGCGACCGCCUCGACGCGCUGCUCGACGCGCUGCUGGCCGACAACCUCGUGCCCGCAGGGUACAACGGCAUACCCACCAGGUAUGUGAUGAUGUGGGGGUCAUGCGAGGACGAGUACACCGAGGGCGUCAGCUCCGCGCUCGGCGACCGCCUCGACGCGCUGCUCGACGCGCUGCUGGCCGACAACCUCGUGCCCGCAGGGUACAACGGCAUACCCACCAGGUAUGUGAUGAUGUGGGGGUCAUGCGAGGACGAGUACACCGAGGGCGUCAGCUCCGCGCUCGGCGACCGCCUCGACGCGCUGCUCGACGCGCUGCUGGCCGACAACCUCGUGCCCGCAGGGUACAACGGCAUACCCACCAGUUUGUUCGACGAGGUGAACGAGCACCUCGCGUUCUGUCAGAAGGCGGCGCAGUGCACCUCCAACAGGGAGAUCACGCUCAACGAGCUCAAAACCUACAUAACAGGCGACAGCACGGUGCCGCUGGCGCUGAUCGGCGGCGCGGGCUGCGGCAAGGCGACGCUCGUGGCGCGCGCCGUCACCCUCGCGCACUCCUGCCAGCCCGACCUCGCUGUUGUCGUCAGGUACUACAUAUACACGUCACAGCUACACAACAGGCGACAGCACGGUGCCGCUGGCGCUGAUCGGCGGCGCGGGCUGCGGCAAGGCGACGCUCGUGGCGCGCGCCGUCACCCUCGCGCACUCCUGCCAGCCCGACCUCGCUGUUGUCGUCAGGUACUACAUAUACGUCACAGCUACACAACAGGCGACAGCACGGUGCCGCUGGCGCUGAUCGGCGGCGCGGGCUGCGGCAAGGCGACGCUCGUGGCGCGCGCCGUCACCCUCGCGCACUCCUGCCAGCCCGACCUCGCUGUUGUCGUCAGCUACACAACAGGCGACAGCACGGUGCCGCUGGCGCUGAUCGGCGGCGCGGGCUGCGGCAAGGCGACGCUCGUGGCGCGCGCCGUCACCCUCGCGCACUCCUGCCAGCCCGACCUCGCUGUUGUCGUCAGGUACUACAUAUACACGUCACAGCUACACAAUAUAUAA